UCGUGCAGCUCGAAACGCGACGCGAUCAGUUGGAUAUAUCUGCUAUAUAUGAUCCAACAAAAUCUAUAAACACGAUUCUUCUUCGCCGAAGAACGAACGUUUUGUGUGUGUGUAAGUGUGGUUGAGUGCGGUGUGCGUGUUACCAUUUGCAUUUUGGCUUUUUUAGCUUAAAGCAGCUAAAAACUCGACUCGCUUUUCGUUCCAUUUCGCCGCGUUGCAACGAUUGCAUUUCUCGGGCUUUUCGUUUUUUGGAUCGGCUUUCGUUAUAUUUUUGGUUGCUUUGGAGGGGCCUUAAAAUAGCCUUUGCCGUAAUUAUACUGGGCUGGAUGGCCGCAAGAAAACGUGUUUGUGUCUAAACUACAGUUACAACCAGAGCAACCAGCUGCAUUUCACUCGAAAAGUGUUUGCCGAAAAAUAAUAGAAAAAGAAAUAAAUAGAAAAAAAAGAGAAAAAGUGUUCGAUAAAGAAAGGAAAACGUCACUUGGUGUGUUCGGGUUCUUCUUCUAUUUGUUCGCCCAGUUAACAUUGUGCUCAUAAUUUAUUGUACCCAGCGAUAUGCAAAUAGAAAGCAACAAAUUUGUACAGCAAGUGGAAUAUUUCAACGUUUAAUUUGGAACCCAAAAAGUGUGUGUGCAGCAGCAGCAGCGUUUAAUGGCCAAUGGAUAAAGUGAGUUGCCCAACGAAGAGAAUCGGAACUCAGUCCGCGGCCAUUUCCCUCUGCAAGAUAAAAAACAAACAAGAAAAGCCAUUGAACGAGAACUGCCAGCCGAGACACUGAGAUUAAACAGGCAGCAGGCGGUUGGUUUUCAGCUGAUGAGCAACAAAGGACAGAGUGCAUCGGAGCCAUUAAUUUAAAUUGGGUAUUAUGAGCGCACUAGCAACAAGGACAGAAAGCUCAUGUACGACAAGUCCAAGAAAUCGUGGAGUCAGCGGCUCAAGACGCUCGGCAGCGGUGACAGCGUCGCGGACAACAAGAACGCUUCUCUAGCCGCCGUCAGCGGCAUGCAGGCCAUGCAGCAGUUGCAGCUGCACAUGCAGCAGCAGCACCAGCAGCUGCAGCAGCAACACCAGCAACAGAUGCAACAGCAGCAGCAACACUUGGCCCACCACGGCCACCAUGGAGGACACAUGGUGACCGCCUAUCAACUGCCACCGGUUCCCGCCGCCGAAUUCCUGCCCAGCGCCCUCUCACGUUCGAUGAAGUACGCCGAGCCCUGGAUUUACGGCACGGUGAGGGGUAUUCCCUCCCGUCCCUCCUACGGGGGUUAUCAUCCCCAUGCGGCGGCCCUAUUCGCGGCCACCGAGGGACAUCCGGGCACGGGCACCACCGCUUUGGCCGUGGUGAUCUGCUCCUGUGCGGAGUAUCUGAAUGGCACGAAACGCGAUGUCAAGAAGGCCAGCGUGUGCAAGAAGUGCAAGGGGUCGCGUUUACCCCUCACUACCAUUGGCGGCGGCUCGGGGGGCACAGUGCGUCUGCCAGCUGUCAGCCAGUCGCAUCUGCGACCCAUUUCGGCCACCAUGCGAGUGGUGAGUGCGUCGAAGAAGGCACGUCCCUCGAUUUUGGAUCCGCAGAAGGAUCCCUACGACCUGAUGCGACGCACCAGGCUGCUUUCCCCGGAGCCGAGCAACAAGGACGGGGACUCCAAGUCACGUAGUCGCGGGGGGGAGAAUCAGCAGAGGGGUCGCACUCGCACCAGGGCUCCACCGCCUCCUCCAACCCAGGCACUCACCAAUCAGAAAUCUCAGGGGGUUCAGGGAGUUCCCGAUCCCUCAGACUGCUGGCUCAUGGAGGACAAUGAAUCUCUGCUCCAGAGUAGCGGUUUGAGUAGCUCUCGCGCCUCCAGUCGGCGCUCCAUACUCCGCUGCCACGUCAAUCCCUAUGACCUGAUCUCAAGCGAAGGCGGUAAGCUGCAGAACCACUUCGAGGUGGAGGAUACUAAGCAAAUGGAGCGCAAGAUGAGCAGCACCAGCAGCCAGAGGAGCAUCUACAGCGGCAAUGUGACCGCCAUUGCCGGCCAGCGUAUUAGUUUGGGCGAUAAAUCCAGCGAUAGCCAGACCGAUUCAGGUGACAGCUACGAGCGCAUUAUUAUAGUUUCUGGAGGGGAAAAUCCAUCAAAUGGACCGCGACGACCGCCGCGCAAUAAAAAAGCGGAUGAGCCAGCGGAAAUUCAGACCGUUGUUCCAGCAGUCAAGCCCAAGUUGGAGAUACCCAUUGAAAAGGUGGAUAAGGAGGAGAAGAGAGGGGAUUCCUCCUAUACAGUGCUCACUGUAACGCCCACCUCUCCAGCCAUCAAGUCCAUACUGAAGCGCCCCACGACUCUCGAGUUGGGAAUAUCUCCUUCAUCGCCUGCACUUCCUGCGACUCUCGACAAUUCUGGAUUGGCGACGACGCCUGCGGGCAAGUCACAGUUCUAUAUACCAACGCCAACGGGGACGGCAGCUGCCACGCCCACACCCUCGGGCAGUACGCCCAUGGCCACAUCAACACCUACAACCAAUGCGAAUACUUCCACUGCAGCAGCAGCAACAGCAACAACAGCAACUGCGACAGCAGCAAUCACGCCGGGUUCACGCAAAAAAGUGCAAUUUAUGGUCGAGGAUAAAAUCAUAGCCACGACGGCGACAACUGAUGACAGCGAUGCCAGUGUGGCUGCAACGAAAACAAACUACGAGUACUACAAUCGCAAGCGAAAUGCAGCAGCAACACCAGUAGAUGCAACAGCAACAGCUACAACAGCAACAUCAACGGAUCAGCAGGAGGCAACAUCGCUGUUUGCGGCUGACAUUGAUGAUGAGCAGCGCAACUUUACAACUUCCGCUGAGCCAACUCCGUUCAUAAAGCCGGAUAGUUUGCAUUAUGAAGAUGUUCUGCCGGCCCCACAAAUAUUUGACAGCAGUAGCAGCGGCGAUGGGUCCUCCUCCAAAUUAUUACUGCCAGCGGAUGGGUCGCCGCAUGUCACUGCGAGUCCUGUCAGCGUUUUACCAUCGGGCACAUCAAAUGGAGAGGGAGGAUUGGGAGCACCGAAACGAGGAGGAGUUUCUGGGGGAGACCCACCAGCAACCCAAAAGACGACAGGAGCAAAUCGCGAUUAUGACGAUGAUGACGAGCACAACGACAAGGAUGAGAGUCACGACAACAAACCCAACGACUUGGCUGAAAGGGAGCAGAAGAAGCAGAAGGAUGAGGGGCAGAGGAAGGUCCUGGAGAAGGACCAAGAGAAGGAUGCUGUUGGAAGGCCUGCGGCAAGUCAAAAGCGUGCAGCACAAACGACACAAUCGCGAAAUCCCAUCAGACGGGCGCACAGUGAACGGCAUUUGUCGACGGCGCCCACACUGGUGGCCACCACCUCCUCCUCCUCCUUUGCCUCCGGGACGCCUCCAUCCCUGACUCCUCCAGGAGGAGCACAGAAUGUCAUUUUAAAUUUUAAGGACACAAUGGCGCUGCGCAUAAAAAGCAACCGCAGCGACUCGAGAGAUUUAUUUCAAAGGCGUCCCCGAGAUCCGCCACCGCCUCCUCCGCCCAAAGGAGGCAAAGGAUUAGAGCCACACGAAAUCAAUAAGUCGCCUCUGACGCCCCAAAGAACGGUGGUUCGGGUGGCUCCGUUUAACCCACAGGUGGGUGGUUCUGAUGGCUUCGCACAAGAGGUGCAUCGCCUGAAGAUCUCCCACAGCGAAGAGGAUACGGGGUUGGAUUUGGGUGGUGUGGAGCUGCGCCGCAGGACAAAUCUCUGCCCCUCCUCCUUCGACGAAGAGGAUGCGGCCCCGAAGAAGACCUCCAUCCUCAUAAGCGGCGAUGAUUGCUACUCCACCAUGAAUCUGAGUGCAGAUGCCGCUCAACCACUCUAUCAAUCCUCCGUGGUCGUCAAUAGCCACUCGGCCACGAGUGUUUGCAUCAGUGUGAGUAGUGCUGAGGAACAGGAACAGGAACUGAAUCAUCUGAACAACCUACGCAGUCAGCAGAUGGGAAUGGGCAUAGCCAUCAUUCCCAUUCGAGGUGGCAGCGAUCUCCAGCGAUCCGUGUCCUGCAUCUCCUCCACCUCGAGUAGCUCCACCUCGAGCAGCGGAAGUUCCAGUGGCAGGGGAAGGACCCUCAUCCGUUUGGAUUACGAGAGGGAAAGGAAGGGAUCGGCCACCAGUAGUACCCCUAUAAACACUCCACCUGUCAUCAGUUCCACGCCAGCUACGCCACCGCCCAUGGAUUCGGAUUCGGAUGCACAUACCAUCCAAUCCAAUCCCCUGGUUCCCCAUGAAACGGAACUCCUAAAGAUCCUACGCAAUCCCGUAGAGGCAGUGAAACUCAACCUAGUGCCCCAUGUGUGUGGUAAAUCCAAGAAGGUUCCGAAGGAAGAGGAGCAACCCACUAAGGAGCCCAAUUUCAUAGCCAAACUGCUGCAGGAUCCCAUGUUGGGUCAGGUGGCCGAGGGUCUCGAAACGGAAACGGUGGCGGAACUUAUAGAGAACUCACUGCAGAGACUCCAGCAAACUCGAAGGGGCAUUGACAUGAGCGGCACCAAAGACCAUGAUGAUAUGAACCGCCUGAUAAGCGCCUCGCUGCAGCGAAUCCGCCAGGAAAGACAGGUGGCGCCACCUGGAGGAGGAACUAGUACUAGUAGUGCAACCAAAGAGGAGGACCGCCUGUCCAAUCGGGGCAGCAUCAGUUCCGCCAACAGCUUCGCCUCGGCCCACAAUUAUGAGCUCUUCGAUUUUGAGGGAGGAGUUAUGGGUGGCAAUGAGUCGGAUUGCUAUCAGAGUUGUUCCAGUGUUCUGGGAGAAGAACCUCUAAAUGGAAGUUCCAUCAAAGAUCCCGAAACGGAACUGGAUCCUGGAACCCGAGCCAAGUUCUAUCAGCUCCUUGUGGACGCCACUCUGGCGGAGAUCGAGCACUCCACGCAUAUGGAUCAGAAUCUGGGCAACGAUCAUCACUACGAAUCGAUUCGGCAUAGUGGAGAUCCUAUCUAUGAGGAGAUUCACGAGGUUCCUCCACCUCUACCGCUCUCCGCUCCUCCUCUGAAUGAUGCGGAGUUGGACAAGAAGGCUGCUCGUUCUAUUUUCGAAGGAGCCUCCAAGUAUGACAUCCUCUCUUACCUGGUAGAUGCCAAGGAACGCGGUUUGGCCCGCGAAGAAUCCUUUGACUAUGGUAAUAACCCCAAGAUUAUAGAGGAAGAAGCUGCCGAUACCCUAAGUGAUUUGGAUAAGCGACAAGCGGAGGAAAGGGAGAGGGAAAGGGAUAGUGGACAGAGCAGCAUGAGUUCCCUAUCGCCGCCACCUCACAACUUCAUUUGUGGGGGUGGGAAAACCUCCUCUGGAAGUGACGUAGAACGCCAGGAUUCGGGAGUGGGUUCCGAAACGAGCAAGACAUCCCGCAGCAAGUACCAGGCCACCCCAACUGUUCUCCACCUCUGCGAGGAUUGCGAUGGAGCCGUAGAAAUGCAGGUGGGCGAUGGAGGAGUCCUGUAUGCCCCUCUAGUUUGCCGGAAGUGCGGGAAGAAGCGCGUGGAACGCAAGGAGAUCAUCACGGAGAUCGUGGAGACGGAGGAGAAGUAUGGCAGGGAUCUGCAGAUUAUACUCGAGGAAUUCUGCCACCCCAUGCUGGUGGCCGGCCUGCUCACCCAGGAGCAGCUCUCCGCGAUCUUCCUCAAUACGGAAGAUCUGCUCGAGAACAACCAGACGCUGGCCGAGAGGAUGAGGGACGCCUUGGACAUGUCCUUGGAGCAGGGCGACGACGAUCUGCUGACGGUGAACAUUGGUCGUAUAUUCCUCGACUUCACCCAGAUGCUGCACGCCUUCGAGAGCUACUGCGUCAGGCAGGCUGGAGCCAGUCUGCUGCUGGCCAAUCUCGAGAAGGAAAAGGAGCUUCUGCGCAUCUUCCUGAAGGUCUCGCAGAUGGAGAACGCCGUGCUGCGGCGCAUGAACCUCAAUUCAUUUUUAAUGGUUCCCGUUCAGCGCGUUACGAAAUACCCACUUUUGCUGGCUCGCCUGUAUAAGGUCACGCCCUCCCACCUCGAUGGCCGCGAUCUGCUCAAACAGGCCCAGGAGAAGAUCGAACUGCACCUGAACCACAUCAACCAGGAGGCCAAGGAUGUGCCCACCAAGCUGUGGCGUAGAAUUAGCUCCUCCAGUCCGAAUAGACGUGCCUCCUGCGAGAUCGACAUGAUCAACAUCAAGCUGCGCAAAAUGGCAAUCGAUGUUCUGGAGUGGAACCACGACGAGGUACGAUUCGCCAUGGAAGGACGACUGCUUUACACCCAACCCACGGAUAGCAAUUGGAAGAAGGCCCGCACCAUCAAGUUGACCCCGGUCAAUGCCCUUUUGGUUACCAAUGGCAAGCCAAGUGCCAAUUACAGGGCAGAGAAGGCCAUGUCGGAAAAACUGAAUUUCCCGAAGCACACGGGCAUCCGCGAGGCGUCGCUGCUUUUGGUGAAGGAAAAGUGCGGACGGUACACGCUGAUCCGGGAGCCGCUCUAUCUGGACAGAUGUGUCGUGUGCAGCGAAGCGGAUUGGGAUGAUUAUUUCGAAGUGCAGGAAAUUUCAUCGAAGGACACAUUCAUAUUCAAAGCCGAGGAUGGCGUAAGGACGAAACAGUGGUACACACAGAUGCAGUACCACGCCCAGGGCAUGGGGGCGUGGCGAAAGAGGCGUAACGCCCUGGCCAACAUCAUGAUCAACGGAAUGCUGGCGAGGAGUUAGCCUAGCCCAUCGACAUCACCAUCCCAGAACCCAAAUACCCAACCCAAAACCCAAACCGGAUACCGAUUAUAGACGUUAUACAAAAGGACGUAUAGUAAAACUCAACAAUUGGUUAUGCAUUUAAUGUGUAUUUAUGCGCUAUUAACCAACGAGCAAUUUCGUUUCGUAAUUAUAAUUUAAGUGAUAUACAAUUGAAUCGAGCACGCAUAACGCUAGUUAGUGUUUACAUAAUACCUAUAUCUACAUAUACCUAUACCUAAACCUAUACCUUUAUAUAUUAUGAAUAACCAUACGUACGUACACACACGAAUACCCUGAAUCUGAAUCAGAAUACAAUGCAAUAAAAUACCAUAUACACUAAUUAAA